AUGAACCCCUUCCUCUUGGUAGUUUGCCCCGCGGUUGCAAUUCUCUCUGGUCUUGUCUCGGCGGCAAACAACAUCAAGUUCGUCAAUCACUGCCCCUACGAUGUCUACUCCUGGACAGUCGGCCCCGUCAAGUCCGGUUACACAGGCAAUGACCAUGAAGCGGUUACUAUCCCUGCCAAUUCUGUUACUAUUCAAGGAAUGGUCAACGGUGAGGCGAUUGGUGGUGGCAUUUUCCUCAAGCUCCGCGAUUUGCCAGAGUAUCAGGUCGCCCCCACUGGUAAUAUCCAAGUCGAGUACAAUAUCGAGCCUAGCCAGAACCAUGUCUCGUAUGACCUAAGCGCCAUCGACUGUGAUCACUCUGUUGGCCCUGAGAACCCGUCAUUCUGUCCGUUGAUUGGUAGCGGUAUGAAAAUACACGUUGAGCAUGCUAAUAAGGGACGCUGCCCUCCUGCUUCGUGUGGUGCUGAUGGCGUGUGCCACCACACUUACAAGGAGCAUGGCUUCUGGGAGGAUGAGCAUAACUUCAGAUGCGAUGCUGGUACUGACAUCGUUGUUGAAUUCUGCACUGAGAAAGCUGGACCGAGGACCUUCAACGGACACAUGGAGCCUGGUCACCCUGCCGAACCUCAACCGGAUACAAAGCCUGGUCAACAAACAACGAAUGGUGUCUGUGGUAAAGAAACUCCUGAUGAAGCUACUUGCUUCGGCUAUGCUCACGGCAACUGUUGCUCUGAGUAUGGUUGGUGUGGUUACUCAGAGGCACACUGCGGAACAGGCUGUCAGUCUGACUUCGGCGACUGU